UCAUCCUCUGUCUCUAUAUAUUCACCAGCCGACUCUCUCUAUACCUUACUUCAACAGAUAACUUUUCCGAUCAAUACUUUCCACAAGAACCACCAAUCAUGGCUUCCCCUUAUCCCAUCAAAAACGUCGUCGUUUUAGUGCAAGAGAACCGGUCAUUCGACCACAUGCUGGGGUGGAUGAAGUCCCUGAACCCAGAAAUCAACGGCGUCACCGGAGCAGAGUCGAACCCUAUCUCCACCUCCGACCAGAAUUCCGUCCGGGUUCAAUUUGGGGAUGGGGCGGUCUACGUGGAGCCGGACCCGGGUCACUCCUUCCAAGCCAUCUACGAGCAGAUAUUCGGGCAGCCGUGGAGUGCCGACAACGGAGUUCUUGCUCCCACGAUGGAGGGGUUCGUUCAGGAGGCGGAGAGACAAAAGAAGGGGCUGUCAGAGACGGUGAUGAAUGGGUAUAAGCCGGAAGCCUUGGCAGUGUACAGAGAGCUGGUUGGAGAAUUUGGUGUAUGCGACCGGUGGUUCGCAUCGCUUCCGGCGUCGACGCAGCCGAACCGGUUGUAUGUGCACUCAGCGACGUCGCAUGGAGCGACAGGUAAUGAUACUGAGAAGCUGAUCAAAGGGUAUCCUCAGAAGACAAUAUUUGAAUCUUUGGAGGAGAGUGGCUUCUCUUUUGGAAUUUACUAUCAGGAUCCUCCCGCCACUCUUUUUUACAGGUAAACCUUCUCUUGUUUUUUCUGUUUUGUUUCUGUAAAUGCUUGCUAUUGUUAAUUGUUUUGAAAAAUAGUUUUUUAGAAUAAAUUUUGAAAAUUAUUAUCUGAUUUUUAUAAAAUAAAAAUUUAUUUAAAAAUAUGAAUGUUUUUAACGUGUUUGUAUAAUUAUUUCUCAAAACAAUCUUUAAGAAAAAUAAGUGAAAAUAAUAAAAAACAACUAUUAAAAUGUUAUUAGAAAACAAAAAACAGUUUUUAAUUUUUAAAUCUAUUUUUUGUGUUUUUUUUAUUUUGAAAAACAAAAAAUUAUUUUAAAAAACAGUUUUGAAACAUACACUUCAUUCAUUUUUGCUCAAAUACCUUUCCAUAGUCUGUUAAAUGGAAAAUUAAUUUUUUUAUCAAGAAAAGUGCUAAGGCAUUUUUAUAAAUCAAAAAGUUUUAUUACCAACAUUUGCAAUUAUUGUUUGAAAUAUUAUAUUAAAAAUACUUCAAAUUUAAAAUUAUUGUAUUGGUUCAAAGUCCCAAAACAUAGAUAGGAAUCCAAUUUUAGUUCUAAUGAUUUGAAUUGUUGGCAAUGAUGAGACUGCUAGCUUCCAGACCUUUGAUGCAUAUUCAACUUCUAAUAGUUUCUUUCUUUAAAAAUCAUUAAUCUUAACUAGAUUUGUUGGGAUUUAAAUAAUAAACACAUUAAUUUUAAAUACAAGAGAAAAAGUCAAUGAAAAUGGAAAAUAGAUAUAAACUUAGGUAUUGUUUGUUUUCUUAACUUAAUUUUAAAUAGAAUUUAAAAUUAAAUAACGUUUAAUGAUACUAAAUAUUAAGUUGUUUGUUUUAUAAUAUUUUAUUUUUAUUAAGUAUUUAAAAAAACUGAUAUAUUAUUUUUUUAUUUAAAAAAAGUCAAAAUUUUAUAAUAAGUUGUGAAAAGGUAAAAAAAAUAAAUAAUUUAAAGUUUAAAAGUAAAUUUGUUUUUAACAAUUAUUUUUUAAAAAAACAUUUUCAUAAUAAUUAACAUUUAAAUGUUUUUCUAAACUCAUGAAAUGAAUUUGAAGAUUUAUGUAAAACUAAUUUACAAAUUUAAAAUUUUUUUUUUUCAUUUUUUUUCUCUUUAUUUUCUUAAAAAUUUCAAGAACCAAAAAUGACAUUAAAUACUUGAAAUUUUUUUUUAUUAAAUUUUAUUUUUUAUAAUUUUUUAAAUCAAAUGUUAAUAUAUUGCAAUUUUUAUGAGAGGUUUUUUUUUUUUUUAAUUCAUAAUGUGUUUAGUUGAACGGAAAAAAUAUGAUUGAAUAUGCAUAUCUUAUAUCAAGAUAUCAUUUCAAAUGGAAUAUAUAUUCUUCAAUAUUAUAUUAAAUGAGAUAUUUAUCAUAUUUAUAUUUUAUUUGUAAAAAAAGGAAACAGAAUAAAAAAUAUAUUGUAUUUUGAUGUUUAUAUUUGUUUAAAAUAAAAAUAAUAUUGCAUUACAAUAUUUUUUAUUAAAAUAAUAUGAAAUCUAUAAUAUUAUUUAGAAAUCAUUCUAUAAUUAAUAAUUUAAUUAGUCAUUUUUUAUUUCUCCUUUUUAGAAUAUUCAUAAUUAAAAUAUUUAGAAUUAAUAAAUAAAAAAUAUUAUAUUACAUUGUUAGGUAUAUAUAUAUAUAUAUAUAUAUAUAUGUUAGGAUAUUAUUUUUAAUAGAAUAUGAUAUCUUUAAAUAUUAUGCAUGAAAAUGAUAUUCAAAAUAUAUCAUAUUUAAUGAGAUAUAUUAUGUCGUAUAUAUAUUUAAUAUAUUAAAAAAAAUAAAACUAUUAUAUUUCAAUUAUUGAUAUUUAUUUAAAAUAAAAAUUAUAUUACAUCAUGAUAUUUAUUAUUAAGGAAAAAAAAUCAAAUCUCUCAAAAUGUUUGAAAAACGUUCAUUCUAACCUUCAUCAUUUAGUUAGCACUUUUUUAUUAUUAAUAAUAUUUUAAAAUAAAAAAUAUUAUAUUAUGUCAUUAAAUAUGGAUGAAAAAUAUAAUAAUAUAUCAGAAAAGAAAAAAAUAAAGGGUCCUAAAGUAUAUAAUUAAUUAAAAUUCAUGUCCCCACUAUAUUAUGCCAAUAGAAAAGCCGUUGAAUAAUGUGUGCUGUGCGUGCACAUGCAUUCUGCAUAGGAUUGACACGUGGAAUCCAAAGCGAAAGAGAUAGGCUGUCAAAGGGUCAACAACUAAAUCAUGGUUGAGCCUUUUAAUUGAAGAAUAAAUUAUUGCCUGCACAGGGCCCCUCCCUCCUCUACAGCCGCCUCAUGUCCUCAUUUUUGCGAUUCUCGUCUCUCCUUUAGUCCCCUACAGCCGCCUCUUGUCCGCGACUAUCUUUUUUGGUCGCACAUUUAUUAUAUGCCUCAAAAUGGUUUAGUUGUAACAACUUCAUUUUGAUUUUCAAACUAUGCUAAUACGUUUUGUCGGCAUCGUGGUCUUGACAUUCAUACUUGUUCAUUAAGAUUUAAGAUCCCUUCUUCUUCGUCUUCUUCUUCUUCUUCUUAUUUUAUUUUUAUUUUUAUUUUUAUUUUUAUUUUUUACAUGGGUGAGAAUUAAUUUCCACGAUUAAUUGCAUGUUCCGGACGCGCCGACGUUCUACUGGCAUUAAACAAUUCUCUCACCAAUUUGAAAUGUUUGAAAAUUUGACUUUUGGAUUCUCUGACCUUUUAUACCAUGUCUGCUGCUCUCCACCCCACAAAACUUUUUUUUCUUUCUUCUGUACUCUCUCAUCUCUUCCCCAACCUGAGAAUCAAUGGCUUCCCCUUCCCCCAUCAAAACCGUCGUCGUUUUGGUCCAAGAGAACCGCUCAUUCGACCACAUGCUUGGGUGGAUGAAGUCCCUCAACCCUGAAAUCGACGGCGUCACCGGAGCCGAGUCCAACCCCAUCUCCACCUCCGAUCCAAAUUCCCCCGUCGUCCACUUCACUGACGACGCUGGCUACGUGGACCCAGACCCAGGCCACUCCUUUGAGGCCAUCUACGAGCAAGUCUUCGGUCGCCCAUGGCCCGCGGACUCCGCAGCCUCGUCGGAGCCUCUCCGUCCGACGAUGGAUGGCUUUGCUCAGCAAGCGGAGGCCAAGGAGAAGGGGCUGUCGAAGACGGUGAUGAAGGGGCUCAAACCGGAGGCGCUGCCGGUGUUCAGUGAGUUGGUGGCAGAGUUUGGGGUUUGUGACCGGUGGUUCGCGUCGUUGCCGGCGGAGACGCAGCCGAAUAGGUUGUACGUGCACUCAGCGACGUCGUAUGGAGCAACCGGCAAUAAUACGGAAAUGCUGGCUAAGGGGUACCCUCAGAAGACCAUAUUCGAAUCCUUGGAGGAGAGUGGCUUCUCUUUUGGUAUUUACUAUCAAUACCCUCCUUCCACACUCUUCUACAGGAACCUCAGGAAGUUGAAAUACAUUGAUAACUUCCACCAGUUUGAUUUAGAUUUCAAGAGGCACUGCGAGGAGGGGAAGCUUCCGAACUAUGUCGUAAUCGAACAACGCUAUUUCGACACCAAGCUCUUGCCUGCGAACGAUGAUCACCCCUCCCAUGAUGUUUCCCAGGGCCAAAAAUUUGUCAAGCACGUUUAUGAGGCACUGAGAGCGAGUCCCCAGUGGAACGACAUCUUGUUCGUAAUUAUAUAUGAUGAACAUGGUGGCUUUUACGAUCACGUGCCCACCCCCGUCACCGGUGUCCCCAGCCCAGAUGAUAUUGUUGGUCCAGAGCCAUAUAACUUCAGGUUUGACAGGCUCGGGGUCAGAGUUCCGGCCAUCCUCAUCUCUCCAUGGAUCGAGCGUGGAACAGUGCUGCAUGGACCUUCAGGGCCAUAUCCAACCUCGGAGUUCGAGCACUCGUCCAUUCCGGCAACUGUUAAAAAGCUUUUCAACCUGAAAGAAUUCCUAACCAAGCGCGACGCUUGGGCAGGCACUUUUGAGGGUGUCUUGACUAGAGAAACCCCCAGAACAGAUUGUCCAGUUACUUUGCCGGAGCCAGUGAAACUACGGGAGACGGAAGCAAAAGAUGAGGCGGAGCUGAGUGAGUUUCAACAAGAAUUGGUGCAGAUGGCAGCGGCAUUGAAGGGGGACCAUAGAAAGGACAUUUAUCCACACAAACUGGUCCAGGACAUGAAUGUUUCAGACGCCACCAAGUAUGUGAACAACGCAUUCAACCAGUUCUUGGAUGAAUGCCAAAAGGCCAAGACAAGUGGAACCCAUGACAGCUCCGACAUUGUACUCUGUCCACAAACACCACCAAAACGGACAUCCUCCAAGUCCUUUGCUCACAAGCUAUUUUCUUGUUUGAUUUGCGAUCAUUGAGAAAAAUUCUAAGUUGCAUGCCCCCCUGAUUCUCUCUUUGAAAUCUGCCUUCACCUUCCAUUAGAGGCUUUGAAACUCGUUUCUGUUCUUUUUAUGCAUAUGGUGCCCAUCUCCAAGACAAUACUAUAAUUUAUUGCAUUGAUUUUAAGCCAUCCCUGUAAAGUAAUUUGUUGGGUUAAUUUGAAUUCCUCAAUUUACUUCCA